AACCUAAACACCAGGCAAUAAUGUAUACCUCUAUCAAGCUUUCAAAGUUCAAACAGCAUGACAUUUCGUGGACAACCCGCCAGAUUAAACUACACAGACUAGAAUGGACGACCUUCUCACCCCUGUGAGCACAACCUACCUCAAACCUCGGAAUGAGCCUGAGCCACUUUUCACAGAGAUUGAGCCAGCUUCAACCCAAAAGAAACCAGCCAGCAUCAGUGACAAGUCGACGGCUGAUGAAAUUAUCGAUGCCUUAAAAAGUCAGCCAGACUACGAUACACUUAUUUCGGUACUGAGUUUUCUAAAUAACCCAAAAUCUGCGUCGAGUAACUUCUCAUUCUCAACACCCAAUCCCAAAACUGCGUCUAUCAUCCAUUUGCUGGUCUCGGAAAUCGCAUCAAAUUACUGGACACUUUUACUUGAGGGAAACAUCGAAGAUGAUACAAAGGGCAAAACGGAACUUCCGCGAGAUGCGGAUCUUUUUCUUGGCUGUCUACGCAGUCUGACAGGUCUUAACGCUGUCAUCACACAACUGCGAGUUCUCAUUCAAGAGUCACGGCUAGGGGGGAAAGAAGAGAAGAGAGUAGACUUAUCAAUCAACGCCGGCAUUCUGUUGAGUAUUCUAUCUUCCAUUAUUGGUAGUGCCCGGUCAAUUCCCACGAUGUGGAGCUCAUCGACCAAAGGAAUUUCCAAUGCCGCUCUGCAAAGAGUUCAGUGUCAGAAACUUGCAUCAAUUCUGACGAACGGUCAGAUUGUGUCAAUCGCAGCGGAAGCUUUAGAAGUCAUGGGACGCGAUCAAGUCGACGAUGGGGUUCACUGGAUUGCUGACGGACUAGGAUAUAGCAGAUGGGUAGGAAAUGCUAUUGUGUCAUGGGUUCGUUCAUCACCUGAACCCGAUGGCAUGACCUUCGCUUGUGAGUUGUUCCAGAAGUCGCUGUCGCUGCACCAUUCAGAAACUCUUAUCAAAAUUGCAAUCGACGGACUUCUUCUUUCCAAAAGAAACUCAAUUUCAACCUUCAUACAACUUGCUCUCAGCCAACAUCGAACUUGUAAGAAGGUAUUCCAUAUUUUACUCCAGCACCUUUCACAGAAAUACUUGAAUCGUCUGAGCCUGGAAGACACACACCCCGACGACAAGGUUUCUGCCGUUGCUGGGCUUCUCAUGGAAGUCGCAUUGAAUGACGAAACGAGAAGAGAUGUUCUUAUCAACUGGUGUGCAUCUUCAUCAGGUGCUGGUGUUGGCGAUGGAGUAGGUAUACGCCGAGCUGUCGUAGCUGCGCUCGCACAAGACCGAGAAGCGAUUACUGCAGUACUGGAGAAAAGCAUUGCACAAUUUGGAGAUGAGCUGUACAUCAGACAUUCAGCAAUGCUUCAGCAAGAUGCACAUACCCAAAUCCUGCUCCUUGCCGCUGGCUACGUACACAGAGUCUCUCCAAUGAAAUUGACGUUGCUCAUGCGAGUGGGCACAUACAUGAACACCAUCUCCAAUCGCAUCGGUUCCACACAGCCUAGAGCUCAGUUUCUUGGUUUGGUAGUUGGGGAAUCGUUGUCUGCUCUGAUCGAUGAUAAGAAGCAGAGGCUCGAUUUCAAGAUGGAGCAGACAGAAACAGAGGAAGCGCAGCAAUUAAAGAGUCUAACCAAGGUUUCUGAUCGUGUUGGCCCUAUCGACCCUAUCCUAUUCGACCACGCAAUUGAGACUAUCCCUCAGAAGCGAAAACCUUCAACGCCAAGCGAGGCUCUUCAAAAGAAAGCCAAGCAAAAGAAGAAGCCUGUUGUUACUGAAGCCAAGCCAAAAGCUAUCAUCGAGGAGAUUGAUUCUUCAGAAGAGGACGACGAUCUCGCCCCUUACUCGAAGGACUCUGACCCUGAAGACUCGGAUGACGACGCAACACUUGUACAACGCAACAAGCCCAAACCACCUGUUUAUAUCAGAGAUCUCAUCUCGUAUUUCAGAGACUCUGAAUCAUACGACAAACAGUUGCUUGCUUUACAGACAGCUCCAAUUCUCAUCAGACGCAAGGCCAAUUAUGGAACCGAGGUAAGUUUCCACGCUGAUGAGUUGGCUGGGCUUUUGGUGGGCAUACAAGACAAGUUUGAGAUCGAAAAUUUCGAUGAUUUACGGUUACACGGUAUGGUAGCGCUUGUUGUCUCUCAACCCAAGACUAUGGCCCCGUGGUUUGCUCGAACUUUCUUCGAGGGUGACUAUUCCCUCCACCAACGGACAUCAAUACUUGUCACAUUGGGCCUGUCAGCCCGAGAACUGGCGGGUUUCGAAGUAUCUCAAUACCAGUCGGCUGCUGCCUUUCCCUCAAAGCGGCUACCUGAAAAGAUGGAGCAACUUUAUAUUGGCUCGGGAAAUGAUGGCAGAGCCCUGCCGUCGUCCCAGCUGAAAGCGCUCCCAUCAACUGCUCUCGAGAAUAUUUCACAGUCGCUGACAUCUUCAUUCCUUGCCCCGCUUGCUGCAGAAGCAGCCGAUGCCAACACAGGUCCUGAUAUUUUGAAGCUUCAAAGCUUCACGGCCCGCUACAAGUCCAAAUCUAGUUCCAAACCUCGUAUGCGUGCUAUUCCCAAUACGACUGCCGCUCUGCUUGCGACAUCCUUCUUCUCCCCACUCACGGCACAUUUCCAGGUCGCGCUUCGUUCUGCCAAACCAAUCAUACUCAACCAUGCACUUCUGGCGCUCUACCUACAGACGUUAGGUAUUGUUGUUCACGCCGCUGGACCCUCCACACUUUCGCUGCCACAGUUGACCGCGGAGCUAUGGGACUUGCUUCUGGGCGUUCGUGUACAUGUUUUUGGCGAUCUCGGCGCCAUGAAAGGGUGGCUCGUAGCUAUGGCGUCCCUGCUGGAAGUAAAUGGCGGCAGCAUGCGUCGGCUUUGUGAAACCCAAGGCAGAGAGGUAAUGGAGACUAGGGAAUGGGUCGCAAUGGUGUUCGAGAAGACUAGAGGGGAGGAUGGUGGGGAGGAGAACGAGGUCAAAAUGCUGGCGGCAGGAGUUUUGAUCAGGUUGGGAGAGGCCAUCGAAAGGUACCAAGCUUUGCUAAUGGGAGACCUGGUCGGAUUCCAAUAAGCUAAAUGCAGGAGCUUGGUGAAUGGGGGGAAAAUUUUGAAUAUUCUAUUCGUGAUUUAUUAUGAUCAUAUAUCGCAUUGCACAAUAUCCAGCUUUUAACCAGUAUUCAAUGUAAUGGCAAGCCAUUUCCGAACUCCAUGAUCACACGGUGUUAUAUAAUUAAUUCCCAUAUACAUUCGUGAAUGUCUUCAAGGGGUCUCAAUAGACUCCAUCCUUGUCGUGCUCGCUCUUCGAAGUGGAAGACCCGACAAGUAUGUAUUCGCGUGGCUGAGAUGAUCGCUUAGGCUCAUGGCCAUGCGCCGAAGCUCCUCCUUGACAUGUUCUGAUGAGGCCUGGCCUUCCAUAACUUGGGGUGAGGGUGCAGUAGGUGCAGGCGGAAGGAAUGGCUGUUGUUGUUGAUAAGAUCGAGGGUAGUCGUCCCGAACUGGUGACCGAUCUAGUUGAGGCUGAAGUGGAGGAGGUUGAAGUUCAGGGGCGGCAAGCGUUUGUGGAGUGAAAGAUUCAGGAUCGGUAUCGGCGAACUCGCUAAGGGAGUAAGGUCUUUCACUCGGGGCGUUCCCGUUGGUCUGGGAAGAUUGGGGUUGUCCCUGGGGUUGUCCCUGGGGUUGAUAUAGGGGUAACUGUGUUUGCUGGUAGGACAUCUGAGGAUCAUGUCGCUGGGUGUUAUUGAGCGAAAGGUCCGCAACCGCAUUUGCAAACUCAGAAUCAUCAGAUACAUAGAUGGAUGGUUCUCGUAUACUGUUGGGCAUAAGGUAAAGAGAGGCGUGCUUUUCUAGCUGGAAAGGAUCGGCCCCUCCUAACUCUGAGCCAGCCAAUGAUCCUACGUCCGAGUGUGAUGUGGACGGCCUUGUAUAGUCGCUCAUAGGAAUGGGAUCAGCUAGACCCAUGUCUAAGUCAAUGAGACUGCCUGACGACGCUCGGUUGUUGACUGGGGAGGGAACCGCAAGGUCAUUGAACUGCGCCGAAGGCUGGAUUGGCUCUGUCGGAGGGUGGAUCAGGCGGCUGGUACUUGGCCCUUGGUCAUCGUUGAACGGAAAUCUGAACAUUUCGGGGUUUGCUGAGGCGGGAGGGGCCAUGGAGGGGAACUUCCAAUCUCGUGUUCUGCGGUUGUUGUUCAUCAUAUCUGCUGGAUCACUAAGUGGUGGUUUAUUAUAGGAGACAUCUCCAAAGUCAUAGUCGGUCGAUGCUCUGGGAUCUCCAGCUCUGAUUGUGUUCAGGUCAACAAAUUCGGAGAGGUUGCUACCAUCUAGGGACAUGUCAAGAUCAAUCAGGGAUUCUCUCACUCCAGGGGACUGAGAUGAGUCGUCUCUUAGCGGUAAAUCCGACGCAGGAGGGGGGGGUGGAGGGGUGAAAUCGGCAGUAGGCGGAGGAAACGGACGACCAUAAUAUGCUCGUGAGUUAUCCUCGUAGUUCGAUAUCGUAUUUGGGUCAAAUAGCUUUUCUAGUGGUGCCUUGACGGAAGGAAGGUGAGGUGGCGGACGUCGACGUGAUUUUGGCUUUUGGGUUCUAGAAGCAUCGUCGAAUUCAUCCUGCUUGAAGUCGACGUUGGAGCCAUAAACAUCAAACACAGCUUGAGCGUCGCCAGUUUGGAGCACCUGUUGAUCGAACGCAGCGGUUGUACUGAAGUUCCACUCAUCAUUGUCCAAGGCCAGGCUAGCGAGGUCAGAUGGCCCUUGGGCUCCUCCUGCGGAGAAGAGAGACUUGCGAACACCACCUUGAGCUUCCCACAACUUGUAGCCUCUAACCAAGUGUGCCAAGCUCGAAGCAGGAUAAGCAUCCUGUGUGUUGAAUAUGUAACGGUGUCUCUGAAUUUGCUCAAUUGGUGGGCGUUUCUUAGGGUCAUCAACCAAGCAAUACGCCACGAGGUCCUUCAACCCUUGGGAAUAUCGGUCGCCUUCAAGUCGAGGGAUGUGUUGUUUGAGGUAUGAGCCUAGUCUGUUGAAGUCCAUCAUGCCUGCAGCUACGCUUGGUGGUAGACCCGAUGCAAUUUCAUAGACCAUGGCGCCAAAAGCCCAUAUAUCCACCUCAGUACCAUAAGAAGCCGCAGGGUCGAACAGUUCUGGGGCCAUCCAAUGGGGUGUACCAAUGACUGUUGAGCGCUUGUCGAAUUUGGUUUCGAUAACACCAGCAACUCCAAAAUCACAAAGCUGAACGUUUCCCUCCUCCGUGACUAAGAUAUUGGCACACUUGAUGUCUCUGUGGAUGAUACCCUGGCCGUGAACCCAGUAGACAGCUUCGGCCACUUCGCGCAAAAUGGGAAUAAUCCAUUUCUCCUGAAGGCCGCCUGGUGAGGUUGGUUUCAUAAGGGUAGCCACGCUGCCUCCAGCGCAGUAUUCUGUAAUCAUCCACAUGGACUGCCCGACAGGAAGAGCAUCGAUAACAUGAUUGAUGUUCUUGGCGCCACUGUUGCUGAGCAGUUGCAGGGCACUAAUUUCCUUGAGCAAGUCGCUAUAUGUAUCGGCGAGCUUGGGGUUAACUGUGUCACUCUCUUCAAUGUCAAUGAUCUUGACGGCAACCAGCUGAUUCGUUGUUAGAGAGGUGGCCUUGUAGACCCGACCAAAACUGCCUUUGCCAAUGAGCUCUGAAAGUCGAUACUGUGGAGGGUCCUUUCCGACUUUUGAGCACUGCUCGGCAACCACUUUUUGCAUUUUCUUUGCAUCUUCAAUCGCUUUCUGCUUUGUGACCGAAAAGUCCGGUCCUCUGACUUGGAGCGACGCCAUGAUGAUGAAUGUUGUGAGGCCUGUCUCGGGUUGCUUAGCAGGGGAUGUGUAACUAAGCUAAGAUCGCUUGAGCUUGAUAUGCCUGGUUGGUUCACUUCAUGAUAGCCUGGACAUGUGAUGCAAGUGAGAGGAGAUGGAAAUUGGACUGAGUGCGAGCUAUGAGAAAGAAGGCGAGGAGUGAUGAGUGGAGGUGAGUUUUUGGCGAUGUCGAAAGCGUUGAAUGAAUUGGGUUUGUU